AUGGCUUCUCUCAUCAACGUUCGUCGCGACGUCAAGGACGCUUUCUAUCGUUACAAGAUGGAAAAGCUUGUCACUAAGAUCGAAGGCAAGGGCAACGGUAUCAAGACUGUCAUUGUCAAUUUGAGCAGCGUCGCCCAGUCUCUCGCCCGUCCUGGUGCCUACGUCAUCAAGUACUUUGGUUUUGAGCUUGGUGCGCAGACCAACGUCGACCCUGCUGACGACCGCUGGAUCAUCAACGGUUCCCACAACGCCGCCAAGCUGCAAGAACACCUCGACGGCUUUAUCAACAAGUUUGUUCUCUGCAAGAAGUGCAAGAACCCCGAGACCGACGUCAACAUCAAGGACGGACGUAUCCUCCUUGACUGCAAGGCAUGUGGUCAGCGCUCCGAGGUUGAUCUCCGCCUGAAGCUCAGCAGUUACAUCCUGAAGAACCAGCCGAAGAAGGGCAAGAAGGACAAGGCCGAGCGCAAGGCUGCCCGUCGUGCUAAGGCCAACGGCGCCAAGGAGAACGGCCAUGGAAGCGGAAGCGGCGGCGAGGGUUCCGAUAACGGAUCCAACGACGUUGAUGACCAGGACGCUGGCAGCGAUGAUGAGCUGGAGAAGAUGAAGAAGGAGGCCCCCGAGCUCGACGAGACCGAGACUCAGGACCAUGAGUGGGCCGUCGACAUGAGCGAGGAGGCUGUCAAGGCCCGCCAGGCUCAGCUUCCUGGAGAGUUCAAGCAGAAGCUCAACAUCAAUGGUGAUGAUGAGGACGAGGACGGUGAGGCUACUGGCAAUACCGUCUACGACGAGUUCGGCACCUGGAUUCAGGACCAGGCCGCCGCCAAGGGUGGCGUCGACAAGGUUGACUCUAUUGAUAUUUUUGUCAAGGCCAAGGAGCUGGGCAUUGAGACCAAGCACCGCUCCGUUCUUGUCCUGGUUCAAACCAUCUUUGACGAGAACAUUGUCUCCCAGAUUUCCAAGCGUGCUGGCAUGAUGAAGCAGUUUGUCACUUCCGACCGCCACGAGAAGGCUCUGCUCGGUGGUACUGAGCGCCUUAUUGGCAGCCUUGGCAAGGAGCACCCUGAGCUGUACAACCAGAUUGUCAAGAUCCUUCAGUUGUACUACAACCACGAUCUGCUCAGCGAGGAGGUCGCCAUCAAGUGGGGCAGCAAGGCCAGCAAGAAGUACGUUGAUAUUGCUACCUCCAAGAAGGUCCGCAAGGCCGCCGAGCCCUUCAUCAAGUGGCUCGAGGAGGCCGAGGAGGAGGAGUCUAGUGAUGAGGAGUAA